AUGUUGAGUCUUCGCAUAAGCGUAGAAACUUCUCUCCUAGCAGGCGGCGGUGGCGACAACGAAACAAGUACACCAGGGGGAAAUGCGUUCAAAGUAGGCCCCGUAAAUCAUUUACUGCAUUCCAUGUUCAAUCAAAUCGACGUAUAUUUCAAUCAAAAGCUCGUCUCACCCUCAAACAACGCUUACGCGUACCGCGCGUACAUAGAGGCGUUGUUAAAUUAUUCUUCACCCGCAAAACCUUCCCAUCUGACCUCUUGUCUGUGGGACAUGGAUAUCCCCGGACUCAUGGACGCACUCGUAGAUUCAGAAACACCAAAUCCGGCUCUCGUGAGACGCGCUCGUUACAUUCACGAGGGACACGCGCUAGAUCUCAUAGGUCAUCUUCAUUGCAACGUUUUCAAUCAGGAUAAAUUUUUAAUUAACGGUGUGGAAGUUAGAAUGAGACUCGUUCGUUCGAAGGAUUCGUUUUGCCUUAUUAAAAAUACUUCGACGUCGAAAAUACGCAUUUUAGACGCCAUUCUGCUAGUGAGAAGAGCAAAAAUAAGUCCUGGCAUUUUACUUGCGCAUGCGAAAAUGUUGAGCCAAACUACCGCCAAAUAUCUCCUUACGAGAAUCAAAGUUAAAACAUUUACGAUUCACGCGGGUCUCGUAGAAGAAUCGUUAGACAAUGUAGUACUCGGUCAACUGCCGAAACGGAUAAUAGUCGGUUUUGUCGAUAACAGAGCGUUCAACGGCGAUAGAAAAUUAAACCCGUUUAAUUUCAAAAACUAUGGUAUAAAGGGCAUAGGGGGAUAA